AUGUGGGUCCCGGAUUCGUCGAUGGCCUCGGAGAUCAACGCCACGGGCUUCGACGAGGCGAACUUCCCCGGCCUAAGGCUACCGAAGAACCUCAGAGCCACGGCCGACGCCGCGGAGGCCGCUGCGGGAGCCGAUUUGUUGAUUUUGGUGGUCGCACGGGAGAACAUGGCGGAGGUCGUCGAGCAGCUCAAGGGGAAGGUCAAAAGGACAGCCACUGCCGUUGUGAUGUCGAAAAUCCUCAUGCCGGAACCGCUUUCGAAGGAGGGGGGUGACAAGGGCUCUGGGCUCCGCUUCGGGAGCGAGUUCGUGAGCCAAGCACUGGGCAUUCCUACAGCCGUGCUGAUGGGUGGGACGCUGGCUGCAGAUGUUGCUCGUGGGUACUUUGCGGAGGCCACCCUCGGCUGCAAGGACCCCAAGGUGAGCGAGGUCUUGCUCGAGCUUUUCAACAAGCCGAAUUUCUCGGUCAGCAGCCUACCCAGCCCAACGGCCGUGGAGCUGUUCGCGGUCUUGAAGGCCAUCAUUGCCGUAGGCGCAGGGUUCUGCGACGGCCUCGAAUUGGGUCACAACUCCAAGGCCGCUGUCAUCCGCCUUGGUGCAGUGGAACUGGCAAAGUUUGCCAGCCGAUUCUACCCAGAGGAGGCAUCAAAGGAAGCCCUUACGGAAGCGUGCGGCAUAACCGACAUCAUCGCAUCCAGCUAUGGGGACUCGCGGACGAGGCGCUGUGCGGAGGCCUUCGCCCGGGAGCCGCAGAAGGGCUGGGACCAGGUCGCCCGAGAGAAGCUGCGGAGUGGGGAGCCAGCGGGCAUCGCCGUGCUGCGGACCUGCGCAGCCUUCGUCAGGUCGCAUCGUGCUGAAAGCGACUUCCCGUUCCUGGCGCGCGUGGACAAGAUCUGUGCUUCGAAGGCAGCGCCAGAAUCGCUGACGGAGAUGGCGAUUCCAAGGGUUCGCGCUUCGAAAGCCCUGAAGGUGGCUGUGCUUGGCUCCGGCAACUGGGGCUGCGCUAUUGCCAAGAUCAUCGCUCGCAACGCGCUGAGGCGUACCGAGUUCCAGAAAGAUGUGGCCAUGUGGGUUUACGAAGAAAGUGUCGACGGCCGCAAGCUCACUGACAUUAUCAACGAAGAGCACGAGAACGUGAAAUACCUUCCAGGAAUUGAGCUGCCGCACAACCUGCAUGCCGAGUCCGAUGUAAAGGCUUGUGUCCGGGACGCUCACAUUCUGGUCUUCGUACUGCCGCAUCAAUUCUUGCCUGGAUUGCUGAAGUCCAUCAAGGGUGCAGUGCUCGCGGAUGCUGUGGGCGUCUCAUUGGUCAAAGGCUACCUGGAGAUCGAUCGAAAAACGGGUUCGUUGACCACCGGAACGCAACUCAUUGAGGCUGAGCUUGGUAUUCCCUGCGCUGUUUUAAACGGUGCCAAUGUGGCCACCGAUGUGGCCCACGACCAUUUUGCAGAGGCCACCCUUGGCUGCACAAGUGACCAGUCCCAGGUCCUUUGGAACCUGCUCAACACGCCGCAGUUCAGCGUGCGCACCACUCCUGACAUCUUGGGGGUGGAGCUCUUUGGGGGUCUGAAGAAUGUGGUCGCCCUGGCUGCAGGCUUUUCCGAUGGGCUCGGCUUCCCGCCCAACACCAAAGCCGCUAUCCUGCGGCGCGGACUGCAAGAAAUGGCGAGGCUCAUCAAGGAGCUCUAUCCCAGCUCCUCGCCAGACACGCUGCUGGAGAGCUGCGGCCUCGCUGAUUUGCUGACCACUUCCUACAGCGGUCGAAACCGUAUGUGUGCCGAGGCUUUUGCGGUGGAUUCGACGAAGACGUGGGAAGACAUCGAGGCCGAGCUCCUCGCUGGGCAGAAGCUCCAGGGGCCGAGCACCUGCGCGGACGUGUUUGCAAUGAUCGAGAAGCGGGGUCUUGAGAAGAAGUUUCCGCUCUUCACCGCGAUCCAGCGUGCAGUGACUAAAGAGAUCACCCCGGAGGGUGGCCUCUCGAAGUACCACGACCAGAACCCCUACGCCUUCGGUGAUGGGCCCCCGCUACGCUAUGCUCCUGCUGAGGCCACGGUGAUCAUCAUGGGCGGCAACUCCAACUGGAGAGGUCCCGUUUGGUUUCCGAUCAACUACCUCCUUAUCGAGUCCCUGCAGAAGUUCCACCAAUACUACGGGGACGAUUAUCUUGUCGAGUGCCCCACUGGCUCCGGCAACAAGAUGAGCAUCUUGAAGAUUGCUGACGAGCUGUCCGAGCGGCUCAUCAAGAUCUUCUUGAAAGCCGAGGACGGCCAUCGGCCAGGCAUGCGGCUGCAUCCGAAGAUGAAGGAGGAGCACUUCGACCAAAACCUUCUUUUCUAUGAGUACUUCCAUGGAGACAACGGUCGUGGCGUGGGAUCCUCGCAUCAGACGGGCUGGACUGGGCUCAUCGCGAAGCUGCCCGGCACCCGGGGUGUGAACGGAUGGCCGAUGGCUGUCGUGGUUUGGGUCUUGUUGCUCCACUUUGACGACAGGUUGGAGUACGAAGCCUAUGUCAAGGAGGAGGCCAAUCUGCGGUGCGCUGCAAGUAGGAAAGCCAAUCCGGCCCACGAGUGCUACGAGAUGCGGGCCGGGAUCAUGUCGCAGAGGAACUUCGACGUGCGAGAUGAGCUCCGUGCAACGGCCGAUCGGCGGAAGCCCGUGCAGGAACGAGCCGUGAUCGGCCACACCAGCACCACUGGUGGCGUAACCAGCAUCGCAGAGCGGCUCGCUGACAUGUUUCCCACGAUUCCUGGGGACACAGUGCAGGGUGCUGUGUCGCAGCUUUUUCGGACAAAUCCCAAUUGCACGCGACAGCAACUCGCAGAUGCAUCCCUGGCUGCCCUCCUGGAGAUGUCGAGCAGCACCGGCGGACCGCAGGCCGUGACCAGCUUCGAGCCUGUGUGUACAGACAGCCAGCCCGAGCUGCCCGAGCAGGAAGAGGCACUUUCGCCAACGGGAGCAGCACUAGUCCACGAUGAGCUUCUAGAUAGCUUGCUGGCUGAACUCCUGGGUCUUCCCGACGAGGAGCUGAAGACGUGCGUUUCAACGCUGAGAUCCAUUUUCUCCCGAAUCGCCGAGCAGCCAGACGAGUUGAAGUUCCGACGCUUGCGCAAGCACAACCCGCGCUUUCUUGCGGAGGUUGGAAAACACCAGGAGGCUUUGGCGCUCAUGCUCCACGCAGGCUUCCAAGAGCAAGACGAGAGCAGCGAGGUCGUCCUCGUCCUCGGCGAGCUGACCGAGUCCUUCAAGCAUGUCUGCGAGGCCUCCACGAGGACUGAUGCCCUUUCGUUUCACAACAGCCGUCAGUCUGAUCAAGCAAUUGUUCUCCCCUGGACAACUGAUUCCGCCAUGGCCUCCUGGUCAUCAUGGUCUAACAGCGACUCCAGCAGCAGCUGGGACAACAGACAGCAAUGGAAUCGAUGGAGCAAAGAAGACAAAUGGGACUCCAAAUACUCGGAGAAAUCGUGGGAACAUGUAGCCAGCCCCACAUAUCAAUCUUUCUCUUUGCCGUCUUCUUUUGUUUCCGACGAGCAGCACUACGACAAGACCCGUUUGGGCAAAGGUGCCCAUGUGCUGCAUAAGUUGGUUCAACCGACAGAGUGGUCUCGCAAAGCUGGGUUAGCUGGCCGUGAUGUCAGUGACAUCCGUGCCUUUGAGCUUGCUCAUCGAGGCCUUGCAGAUUUCUCAUUUCGGUUGCUGUCGGAAGGACGGCAUCAGAGUAUCGUCUGGGCUCGAAGUGGCCAAGAAUCGGUACUCAUUACGGCAUUGUUGAAGAAGCUUCGUGAGAGUGGUGUCUCUAUCGAUGAGGCAGCAAAAGCUUGCCACAGCUCAGCUCCUCCAGACAAGCAUAAGGAGGCAAUGCGAUUCAUGGAACCGCUUGCUCAAGAACUUCUGAAUUGUGUUCUGGCCAAAGCGCCUCCAACAAAUUCGGAUGCCUCUGAAGAGCUCGCCAAAGCUAAAGCCAAACUGGCUGAGCAUGGCAUUGCAAUGUCCCCUUUGAAAAGGAAGGCAACUGAAGAUCCUGAGCCAGACUCAGGAAGACGGGCAAAGCCCGCCAUGCCUAUUGCUGAGCCGGAAUCCCAGAUGGAAGCUGAACAGCUCCUUAAAGAUCCACAACGAAAGCUGGAUACUCGCCCCAAAGGAGCCACAGAUGACCAUGUCACUGAAUGGCUGGCCACCUACAAGAACAAGCCAGAGUUUAAAGGCAAGUACCAGUUGCUGGUUAAGCAUGUACAGACUGUUCAGAAGCUUCUCAAAACUGAAGCAUCUAAAGAUCAACUGGUUUCAGCUGCUAAAGAGUUUGGACUGGAUCCAAAGCUGGCAUCCAGACUGUCCAUCAAGAAUUUGUCUACUGUGAUUGCUGUUGCACGAUUUCAAACUGCUUGA